GCUGCUGCGUUGUUUACUAUCCGACACAGAAGCGGAAGUAAAGCAAGGAGACAACGCUCGCGGUAGUUACACGUGGGUACACUAGUUUAUACGAGUGAUGCGGUGCAUCCAACUUAAUUAGAAACAUGCCAAAGAGACAGACAGCCACGCCAGAAGAGAAUACCGCUUCUAAAGUGGGACUCGAUGACAAGGAGGUCCAGGAACUACCACCGGAGACCAUGCGGACCCGCAGCGGCCGCAAAGUGCGCACUCCCGCCGCACUUCUGGACUCACAAGUCCCGGUGAGGACGCCGACGCGGAGGACCAGGCGCUCCGUCCUCCAGGAGCUGCCCGCCGCGGAGGAAAAAAACACGCAGGAGGCGGCGCCGAAACUCGAGAGCGUGGCCGAGGAGAAGCUCGCCGCGUCGCUCGAACCGGAGUCCGGUGACGGUGCCUCGCCAGAGCCGGCGGAGGACAUCCACCCGCCCGGGCCCGCGGCGGCAGAAACGCCACCCGCGAUUCCCGAGGGCCCCCCGAACAAGAAGCCCCGUUCUGUUUCAAGCGUAAAACCAAGCGCGGUGAUUCCGCUGGGAAAACCCAAAUCCGGCAGAGUGUGGAAGGACCGCAACAAGCAGAGGUUUUCCGCACUGCUGAGAGACAAACCGCUGUGCUCUUCAUGGAACAAGAAGAUGGAGGCCAAGCGGGAGAAGGAGCGGGUGAAAAAUUACACGUCGCAGCUUAAAGAGCACAAAAUCAAACAGAAAGAGGACAAGAGGAAAAGGAGAGAGGACACAUUGAAACGUCGUGCAGAGAACCAACGCAAAUCAGAGAUUGUGCAAGUGAUCAAUAACACAACAAAGAUCAAGAGGAUGAAGAAGAAACAACUCAGGAGAAUUGAGAAGAGAGACACUCUGGCCCUGCUGCAGAAGUCUCCCAAGCAAAGUGCAAAAGGCAAAAGGCAAAAAGGUCCAACGGUUGAAAAAGACUUGACCUAGAGACUGAAAAAAAUAAAAAUGCAACUGAUCAGCGCGUGGCCUACAUGUGUGUGUCUGAGAUACAGAAAUAACACUUGUAUGGGAGUUAAACUAAGCUAAAUUAAGCUUCGCUCCAUUCGUCGUUGACGUCCACCGUCUCUGUGGUCUUUCUGGCCUCAGUGUCUUAUCGUGGAUUAGAUUGUCGUCUCAUUUUAUUUACAGGGUUUUAUAUUUAAUAAAAUUUAGAUUCAUACUGUUAA